CACAGGCUGCUACAGAGUGUUCACAAUUCUAGAGUCCAACACAUUCAGAUGGCUGCAACACCAGGACUGGAGCAUUCUAGGAAUGCUUUUGGAUGGGCUGCUAGAGACAAAUCUGGGGUUCUCUCCCCCUUCGACUUUACCAGAAGGGAGACAGGAGAGAAAGAUGUGGCAAUCAAAGUGUUAUUCUGUGGUAUAUGCCACACUGACCUCCACGUUAUUAGGAGUGACUGGGGUGAGUCCACUUAUCCACUGAUACCCGGGCACGAGAUUGCCGGUGAAGUGAUAGAGGUUGGAAGCAAGGUACAGAAGCACAAGGUGGGAGAUAGGGUGGGUGUGGGGUGCAUGGUUAAUUCCUGUAGGUCGUGCAAAAGCUGCGACGAGGAUCUUGAGAAUUACUGCUCAAAAACGAUUCAGACUUAUGGAGCGAAGGAUCUUGAUGGGAGCAUCACACAAGGAGGCUACUCUGAUCUGGUGGUUGUAGAUGAACACUUUGUGAUCAGCAUUCCUGAUAACCUGCCUCUUGAGGCUGCUGGUCCUCUCUUAUGUGCUGGGAUCACAGUUUAUAGCCCUCUCCGAUAUUUUGGAAUAGACAAACCAGGCCUGCAUGUGGGUGUGGUUGGUCUUGGUGGCCUUGGUCAUAUGGCUGUUAAGUUUGCCAAAGCUUUUGGAGCUAAGGUCACUGUAAUCAGCACAUCUCCAAACAAAAAGAAGGAAGCUAUUGAGCAUCUUGGAGCUGAUUCAUUUUUGGUCAGUCGUAAUCCAGAGGAGUUGGAGGCUGCAAAGGGCACCCUGGAUGGUAUAAUAGACACAGUGUCUGCAGUUCACUCUCUGGUCCCUCUGGUUGAUUUGUUGAAGACUGGUGGGAAACAUGUCAUUGUUGGUGUACCUGAUAAGCCUUUGGAGCUACCCAUCUUUCCUUUACUAGCGAGAAAGAGUGUUGCUGCCAGUAACAUUGGAGGAAUAAAGGAGACUCAAGAGAUGCUUAAUUAUUGUGCCAAACACGAUAUACAGCCUGACAUUGAGAUUAUUCCUGUUGAUUAUGUAAACACGGCAAUGCAGCGUCUCGUCAAAGCAGAUGUCAAAUAUCGAUUUGUUAUUGACAUUGGGAACACACUGAAGCCCAGCUCUUAAAUUUUCAUAAUCUAUGUUGCAGAGGAAGAAUGUAGAGGAAGAAAUGUUUAUUACUUUAAAUAAGGAAUUUGUCCAUGUUGUCGAGUGGAUGUGUAGUUUGAUUGGAUGUUUUACUGUCUGUUUUAGGAGGCAUUAUGAAUGGCUUGGAUGUAGUUGCUAUCUUUAAUAUUAUGUCAUUAGUAAACAUCUCUUU